UCGCCCGUGCCCGCCGCUUCGUGGUGCGCCCGGCACGGGUGCCUGUGCCGCCGCCCUCCAGCCCCGCCGCCUCGCCGCCCCCGCCUCGCCCGCACCAUGAUCGCCGCGGCUUUCCUCGUCUUGCUGAGACCCUACAGCAUCCAAUGUGCCCUCUUCCUCUUGUUGCUUCUGCUGGGCACCAUCGCCACCAUCGUCUUCUUUUGCUGCUGGCACCGCAGGCUCCAGAAAGGGAGGCAUCCGAUGAAAUCGGUCUUUUCGGGUCGUUCAAGGAGCCGAGAUGCUGUUAUGAGAUCCCACCACUUUCGUUCUGAGGUAAUUUAUUUAGCGCGCACGCUCAAGGGAUUCAGAGCAAGCCCUCGGCAUCUCAGAAGACGGGCUGCAGCGGCUGCAGCUGCUCGCCUGGAAGAAGCCAAGCCUGUGGUGGAGGUUCACCACCAGAGUGAGCAAGAGAUUUCCGUGAGGAAACGAAGAAUCAAGAAAAACAGCCGAGUCCAGCCAGAAUUCUAUCACUCCGUCCAAGGUGCCUCAACCAGAAGGCCUAGUUCCGGGAACGCGUCCUAUCGCUGCUCUAUGUCUUCCUCUGCGGAUUUUUCUGAUGAGGAUGAUUUCAGCCAGAAAUCUGGCUCCGCAUCUCCAGCUCCCGGAGACACCUUACCCUGGAAUUUGCCUAAACACGAGAGAUCAAAAAGAAAGAUUCAUGGGGGCUCAGUGCUGGACCCCGCUGAGAGGGCAGUGCUUAGGAUAGCAGAUGAACGGGACAAAGUUCAAAAGAAAACGUUUACAAAAUGGAUAAAUCAGCAUCUCAUGAAGGUUCGAAAACAUGUGAAUGAUCUCUAUGAAGACUUAAGGGAUGGACACAAUUUAAUCUCUCUUUUAGAGGUUCUUUCAGGAGAUACCUUGCCAAGGGAGCGAGAUUUUUUGAAGACCUUACGAUUGCCCAGAGAAAAGGGUCGGAUGCGUUUUCACAGACUACAGAAUGUACAAAUUGCACUUGACUAUUUGAAAAGACGCCAGGUGAAAUUAGUGAAUAUUAGAAAUGAUGACAUAACAGAUGGAAAUCCCAAAUUGACUUUGGGAUUAAUAUGGACAAUAAUUUUGCACUUUCAGAUAUCUGAUAUCCAUGUUACUGGAGAGUCAGAGGACAUGUCUGCUAAGGAGAGAUUGCUCUUGUGGACACAGCAGGCAACAGAGGGUUAUGCUGGAAUACGGUGUGAGAAUUUCACUACCUGCUGGAGAGAUGGAAAACUAUUUAAUGCCAUCAUUCAUAAAUACAGGCCGGACCUGAUAGACAUGAAUACUGUUGCUGUUCAAAGCAACCUUGCAAAUUUAGAGCACGCUUUUUAUGUAGCAGAAAAAAUUGGUGUUAUAAGACUUCUGGAUCCUGAAGAUGUUGAUGUCUCCUCACCUGAUGAAAAAUCAGUAAUAACUUACGUGUCAUCUCUCUAUGAUGCAUUUCCCAAAGUCCCUGAAGGUGGCGAAGGUAUUGGUGCAAAUGAUGUUGAAGUCAAAUGGAUUGAAUACCAGAAUAUGGUGAACUACCUCAUUCAGUGGAUUAGACACCAUGUCACCACAAUGUCUGAGAGAACAUUUCCUAAUAAUCCUGUGGAACUAAAGGCACUUUAUAAUCAGUAUUUACAGUUUAAAGAAACAGAAAUUCCACCAAAGGAGACAGAAAAAUCAAAAAUCAAACGCCUAUAUAAGUUAUUAGAGAUUUGGAUAGAAUUUGGACGUAUCAAACUACUGCAAGGUUAUCAUCCAAAUGACAUUGAGAAAGAGUGGGGGAAACUCAUUAUUGCCAUGCUUGAGAGGGAGAAGGCCCUUCGCCCAGAAGUAGAAAGGUUGGAAAUGUUGCAGCAGAUUGCCAACCGAGUUCAAAGGGACAGUGUCAUCUGUGAAGACAAACUGAUACUUGCCCGAAAUGCUCUCCAGUCUGAUUCUAAAAGAUUAGAAUCAGGGGUGCAGUUUCAGAAUGAAGCAGAAAUUGCCGGGUAUAUACUUGAAUGUGAGAACCUUUUACGCCAGCAUGUAAUUGAUGUACAGAUUCUCAUUGAUGGAAAAUACUACCAGGCAGAUCAGUUGGUACAGAGGGUGGCAAAACUGCGUGAUGAAAUUAUGGCCUUAAGGAAUGAAUGUUCCUCCGUGUACAGCAAAGGACGCAUGCUGACAAUGGAACAGACGAAACUCAUGAUAUCAGGAAUUACUCAAAGUUUAAACUCAGGAUUUGCACAGACCUUAAACCCCAGUCUGAACUCAGGGCUGACCCAGGGUUUAACACCCUCCCUGACCCCUUCUAGUGUGACAUCAGGCCUGUCAUCAGGUCUGACUUCCCGCCUGACUCCAUCUGUCACUCCAGCUUAUACACCUGGUUUCCCAUCAGGGGGAUUAGUUCCAAGUUUCAGUUCAGGAGUAGAAUCCAAUUCAUUGCAAACUCUGAAGUUGAUGCAGAUCCGAAAGCCCCUUCUAAAGUCAUCUUUGCUGGAUCAGAAUUUAACAGAAGAGGAAGUCAACAUGAAAUUUGUUCAGGAUCUUUUGAAUUGGGUUGAUGAGAUGCAGGUGCAGCUGGACCGCACUGAGUGGGGAUCGGAUUUGCCAAGUGUUGAAAGCCAUUUAGAAAAUCAUAAAAAUGUUCACCGAGCUAUUGAAGAAUUUGAAUCUAGCCUUAAAGAAGCUAAAAUCAGUGAGAUUCAAAUGACGGCACCUCUGAAACUAACUUAUGCUGAAAAGUUACACCGAUUAGAGAGUCAGUAUGCAAAACUCUUGAAUACAUCCCGGAAUCAGGAACGGCACCUUGAUACACUCCAUAAUUUUGUAACUCGUGCAACUAAUGAACUUAUUUGGCUGAAUGAAAAAGAAGAAGAGGAAGUUGCUUAUGACUGGAGCGAAAGAAAUACCAACAUAGCUCGGAAAAAAGAUUACCACGCUGAAUUAAUGAGAGAACUGGAUCAAAAGGAAGAAAAUAUUAAAUCAGUUCAGGAGAUUGCAGAGCAGCUACUUUUGGAAAAUCACCCAGCCCGACUGACGAUUGAGGCAUACCGAGCGGCCAUGCAGACGCAGUGGAGCUGGAUCUUACAGCUGUGCCAGUGUGUGGAGCAGCAUGUAAAGGAGAACACUGCGUAUUUCGAGUUUUUCAAUGAUGCCAAAGAAGCUUCUGAUUACUUAAGGAAUCUAAAGGACGCCAUUCAGCGGAAGUACAGCUGUGAUCGAUCAAGCAGCAUUCACAAGCUGGAAGACCUUGUUCAGGAGUCAAUGGAAGAGAAAGAAGAACUUUUGCAGUAUAAAAGCACAGUAGCAAACCUGAUGGGGAGAGCAAAAACAAUAAUUCAGCUGAAGCCAAGGAAUCCCGACUGUCCACUCAAAACUUCUAUUCCGAUCAAAGCUAUCUGUGACUACAGACAAAUUGAGAUAACCAUUUACAAAGACGAUGAGUGUGUUUUGGCCAACAACUCUCAUCGUGCUAAAUGGAAGGUCAUUAGCCCUACUGGGAAUGAGGCUAUGGUCCCAUCUGUGUGCUUCACAGUUCCUCCACCAAACAAAGAAGCCGUUGACUUUGCCAACAGAAUUGAGCAACAGUAUCAGAGUGUCCUGACUCUUUGGCACGAGUCUCACAUAAACAUGAAGAGUGUAGUGUCCUGGCAUUAUCUCAUCAAUGAAAUUGACAGAAUUCGAGCUAGCAAUGUGGCCUCAAUAAAGACGAUGUUACCUGGUGAACAUCAGCAAGUUCUCAGUAACCUACAAUCUCGUUUUGAAGAUUUCCUGGAAGAUAGCCAGGAAUCUCAAAUAUUUUCGGGCUCAGAUAUAACACAACUGGAGAAGGAAGUUAAUGUAUGUAAACAGUAUUAUCAGGAACUUCUUAAAUCAGCAGAAAGAGAGGAGCAAGAGGAAUCCGUGUAUAAUCUCUACAUCUCUGAGGUUCGAAACAUUAGACUUCGGUUAGAGAAUUGUGAAGAUCGAUUGAUUAGACAGAUCCGCACUCCACUGGAAAGAGAUGAUUUGCAUGAAAGCGUGUUCAGAAUCACGGAGCAGGAGAAACUAAAGAAAGAAUUGGAGCGACUUAAAGAUGAUUUGGGAACAAUCACAAAUAAAUGUGAAGAAUUUUUCAGUCAAGCUGCAACCUCUGCAUCAGUUCCCACCUUACGAUCUGAGCUCGGUGUGGUCAUUCAGAACAUGAACCAAGUCUAUUCUAUGUCUUCUACUUACAUAGAGAAACUGAAAACUGUUAAUUUGGUGUUAAAAAACACUCAGGCAGCAGAAGCCCUUGUAAAACUCUAUGAAACUAAACUGUGUGAAGAAGAAGCAGUUAUAGCCGAUAAGAAUAAUAUCGAGAAUCUGAUAAGUACUUUAAAGCAAUGGAGAUCUGAAGUAGAUGAAAAGAGAGAGGUAUUCCAUGCAUUAGAGGAUGAGUUGCAGAAAGCUAAAGCCAUCAGUGAUGAGAUGUUUAAAACAUAUAAAGAACGGGACCUUGAUUUUGACUGGCACAAAGAAAAAGCAGAUCAAUUAGUUGAAAGGUGGCAAAAUAUUCAUGUUCAGAUUGACAACAGGUUACGGGACUUAGAAGGCAUUGGCAAAUCACUGAAGUACUACAGAGAUACUUACCAUCCUUUAGAUGAUUGGAUUCAGCAAGUUGAAACUACCCAAAGGAAGAUUCAGGAAAACCAGCCUGAAAAUAGUAAAACUCUAGCCACACAAUUGAAUCAACAGAAGAUGCUGGUGUCCGAAAUAGAAAUGAAACAGAGCAAAAUGGAUGAGUGUCAAAAAUAUGCAGAACAGUAUUCAACUACAGUGAAGGACUAUGAGUUACAAACAAUGACCUACCGGGCCAUGGUAGAUUCACAGCAGAAAUCUCCAGUGAAACGCCGAAGAAUGCAGAGCUCAGCAGAUCUCAUUAUUCAAGAGUUCAUGGACCUAAGGACCCGAUACACAGCUCUGGUCACCCUCAUGACACAAUAUGUUAAAUUUGCUGGUGAUUCAUUAAAGAGGCUGGAAGAGGAGGAGAGGUCACUGGAAGAAGAAAAGAAAGAACAUGUUGAAAAAGCCAAAGAAUUACAGAAAUGGGUAUCAAAUAUCAGCAAGACAUUGAAAGAUGGUGAGAAGGGUGGAAAAUCUACCUUCUCUAAACAAAAGAUUUCCAGUGAAGAAAUAUCAACCAAAAAGGAGCAAUUAUCUGAAGCACUUCAAACCAUGCAGCUAUUUUUGGCAAAACAUGGAGACAAAAUGACAGAUGAAGAAAGAAAUGAAUUGGAAAAACAAGUGAAAUCUCUUCAAGAAAGUUAUAAUUCUUUCUUUAGUGAAUCUCUGAAACAACUACAAGAAUCACAAACCUUAGGAGAUAAAAAGGUAGAGGAGAAGCUGGAUAAAGUGAUUGGUGGCACCGUUGAUCAGACAACUGGAGAAGUACUUUCCGUCUUUCAGGCCGUUUUAAGAGGCCUUCUAGACUAUGACACAGGAAUCAGGUUGCUUGAGACACAGCUAAUGAUUUCUGGUCUCAUUUCACCAGAAUUAAGAAAAUGUUUUGACCUCCAAGAUGCUGCAAGUCAUGGCCUUAUUGAUGAGCAAGUUUUGUGCCAACUCAAAGAACUAAAUCAAAUAAAGGAGAUCAUUUCUACUAUAUCAUCUCCCACAAUUCCAGUGCUGGAAGCUUUGGCCCAAGGCAUGAUAUCAGAAUCCAUGGCCAUCAGAGUUCUCGAGAUACUGCUCUCCACAGGCUUUCUAGUCACUCCAGCCACAGGAGAACAGUUGACCCUGCAGAAGGCUUUCCAACAGAACCUGGUUUCCUCAGCACUAUUUUCUAAAGUCCUGGAAAGGCAAAACACAUGUAAAGAUCUUAUUGACCCCUGCACUGCUGAGAAGGUGUCUUUAGCAGAUAUUAUACAAAGAAGUAUUUUACAGGAAAACACUGGGUUGCGGCUUCUACCUGUGAGACCGCAAGAAGGAGGCAGAAUAACAUUAAAAUGUGGAAGAAACAUAAGCAUUUUAAGGGCAGCUCAUGAAGGUCUUAUAGACCGUGAAACCAUGUUUCGGUUAUUAGGUGCACAGCUUCUUUCCGGGGGUCUCAUCAGUUGCAGCUCUGAUCAGAGAAUGACCGUUGAAGAAGCUGUGGCAGAAGGGGUGAUUGACAGAGACAUGGCUAACAGUAUUCUCACAUAUCAGGUUCAAACAGGUGGAAUCAUCCACUCAGACCCUCCUAAACGUUUGACGGUGGACGAAGCGGUCCAGUGUGAUCUAAUUACUUCAAGCAGUGCUCUUUUGGUCCUAGAGGCUCAGCGAGGCUAUGUUGGACUCAUUUGGCCUCACUCUGGUGAAAUAUUUCCUACAUCGUCUUCCUUGCAGCAAGAAUUGAUUACAAAUGAAUUGGCAUACAAAAUCCUGAAUGGCAGGCAGAAAAUAGCUGCUCUUUAUAUUCCAGAAACUUCUCAAGUCAUUGGUUUGGAUGUUGCUAAGCAGCUGGGAAUUAUAGAUAAUAACACAGCAUCGAUUUUGAAAAAUAUAAUGCUGCCUGAUAAAAUGCCAGAUUUGGGGGGUUUAGAAGCUUGUAAAAAUGCCAGAAGAUGGCUCUCUUUCUGUAAAUUCCAACCAUCCACAGUCCAUGAUUACAGGCAGGAAGAGGAUGUUUUUGAUGGAGAAGAGCCGGUGGCAACUCAGAGCUCAGAACAAACUAAAAAAUUAUUUCUGUCUUAUUUGAUGAUAAAUAGCUAUAUGGAUGCAAACACAGGGCAGAGACUCUUGCUGUAUGAUGGAGACUUGAAUGAGGCUGUUGGGAUGCUGCUGGAAGGCUGUAGUGCAGAAUUUGAGGGCACACCCAUCAAAGAAUGUCUUGAUACCUUAAGACUCCCUGGUGUUUUUCUGAAUAAUGCUCCAAGUGAAGAAAAGAAUGACAGGUUAGCUUCGCCGAAUAGUUUUGGUACAUGGCAUUGUAGAGAACCUAAGCAUAAAGAAAUCCCUGAAGACAGAAAGCAUGCCAUAGAUGAAGAGUUUAAUGAAAUGGGAAAUAACAUUACCAGUAGUGAAUUCUGUGAGUCAGAAAACCUGGAAAAUAGAAUAGCAACUGAUCAUAUAGUCAGGACUUCAUCCAGUGUGUGUGUUUCCAAUUCUGCAUCCUAUUCAGCACAGCCUGGGCUUGUAGCAGUUGGCAUGCUUAGACAAGACUCUGAAGGCAUACUUAAAAACAGUGAAAAUCAAGGUCAAGUUGGAACAAGUGAACAUGUCGGUGAAUGUAGUCAUUCUAAAAAUAUUCAAAACUUUGCAAGUGAUUCGAUAACAAAUCCUAUUAUGAGAUCAAAAACUAGUAUGAUCUGUGACUUGAAUGAAAAAGAGAAUGAAGGUAAUAUAAGCAGGGAGUUGACAAUCUUUGACUAUUCUCCCAGGCUGAGUGCCUUGCUAAGUCAUGAUAAAUUGAGGAAUGACCAGGAAAGCCUUAACGACAUACCUACCCUAGAGAGCAAUGGAAAUAAAUGUGAAGACUCCACAUCGCCCCUCAGUGACCAAACCAAGCUGUCAGGUCAACGAAUGGGAGAGACUUUUCAAGAGCAGUUUCUGGGAAUUGCAGCGAUCAAUAUCAGUUUACAGGGAGAACGCUCUCAACAGAAACCUGUAAAUAUAGGAGACAGUCCUCCUCUGGUCCAGUCUUGCGAUGAUAAAUGUAUUUCAGAAACUUAUGGCGAAGAGGAAAAAUUGGGUGCUGCCUCUUCACAGAAACCUGAAGACAAGCCAUCUGGGUCCAAAAUGGAAGAGGACACCUGUGCCAUGACCCCGCAGGGCUCAUCUUCUGUCUGCAGCCCACUGCUGCUUGAAGGAACUGUUGGUGCUGGCGACUAUGAAACAUCACUUCUGGAUGAUCAGCCAAGUGUGACAGAAACAGACACUGACAGUGAAGAUGAUUUUUAUGAUACUCCCAUGUUUGAAGAUGACGACCAUGAUUCUCUGCUUCUGGAAGGGGACGAUCGUGAUUGUUUACAGCCUGAGGACUAUGCCACACUGCGAGAGGAAACUGAUGGGGCUGCUCCCUCUGGGGAUGGAUUUUAUGAUAUUUCAAGAGAGAAUGGAAGUUCUGUGAUAGCCCAGGGGGCACAGGUUGACAGCCUAAGUGUGAGGGGAGGCCCAGAGUCUCCCCAGGGUGUUCUCAUGGCUACCGAGAAUGCUGGAGUCGAUCUUGGUGAGAGAAUCCAUUCAGGUUCAGUUGGCUCACACGAGGGCAACGGAUCAUUGCUGGAAACUGUAUCAGAAAGGGAAUGCUCAAACAGCCUUGAAGGUGAUGAGUCUGAGUCAUCAACUGAUUAUGAAAUUGGAGAAAGAAAAGAGAGCUUUAGUGCCUCGUUAAAAUUUGAUGACACUGGGUGUUGGAGAGGGAGAACAGAAGAACAUAUAACUGGACAAGAUUUUACAUCUGAAACUGAGCAGUUAGAUUCUAUGCAAAGUGAAGAAAGUUAUGGGGAUUAUGUAUAUGACAGUGAUGAUGAUGAUGAUGAUGGCGAUGAUGAAGAAGGAGUAGAAGGUGACAGUGAGGAGCCCUGGUGCCAGGAUAAGCCUGCAGAUACAGAUAGCCAGUUGCAUGCCACUGCAGUAGGUGAAAAGGAAAACACUCAGGACAAUCAGAGUGUUAAUGAAAGACUUCUCCUGGAUAGAAUGCACAACUGCAGUUCUUUAGAAAACCAGCAAGGUGUAAAUGCUUUACAGCUAGAAUCAACUAGUAAAAGGAGCUUGGUUAUGGAAAGAAGCAACCUUCAAGAAUAUACAACUGAGGUUGUUGGAAAAAGCCCAGAAAAUCCGUUGAAUCAUGAGCUGGCCCUUAAGGAUAUAUUGUUGCCAAUCACUAAAGACGCUGAAUCAGAAGACAUCUUUGGCUCGGGAGCUAUUUUACACAAUACUGAUACCUGUUCAACUUCUGAAGUAGAUAACGAUCUAAUGAACCUGAAGAUUAAGUUGAUCGAAGGGCCAGAAUCUACUGACUCUGUGAAAGGUGGAGAUCCAUAUUCCAAGAAUGUGACCCUUCCAGUCUGCUCAUCUUUUGAUGCUAUCAUUUGUUCUGAGCCCGAUUUAAUGGGAAAGCCUGCUGAGGAAAGCCGUCUGUCAUCCAUAGCCUCUGUAACUGCCAAGGAGCAUCAAGGAAAUGAAAGAGGUGUAAUUGUAAAGGAAGGCGACCAAAGCAGUAUACUGACAGAAGACAAAACGCCAGUUCAUAAAGUGUGCUCAGGUAAAGGAGAGGUGCAAGGAGAAGGUCUACAAGAAGAUAAUAGGUAUCUUGGACUUUUGUCUAAUGAAAGUACGAUGGGGAGUCUUGCUUUAGGUAAUGACCAGUGUCCAUUUCCACAAAUCACAGACAGUGAAGAACAUAAUCAGAAAGGAGGCCUGAAAAAAGUAAGUGUAACUCUUAGAGAUGAACCAGAGAACCCACAGACAGUGGUAUGCGAAAGUCCUGUUCAGUUUGAGAAUCUUGAAGAAAUAUUUGACUCCUCAGUUUCCAGAGUGAUCGGUGCUGACAUGACUUCAGACAUUCUGUUGUCCAAAGGGGAUGCAAGUACUGAGAGAGAUUCAUUCACUGAUGGGCCUAAGAAAGACUCUGACCUGUUCACUUAUUUAAAACAUUGUACCAAAGAUGUAAAAGCAAAGGAUGUCUCAAAACCCAGUGAAGGUAUCCCAAGCUGUGUUCUAACAGCUUCCCCUGCUGUGAAGGGGCACGUACAGUUCGGAGUAAAUGAUGUAAAAGAGAAGACAACUCUUACCCAGGAAAUCUCACCUCUAAAUGAGAUGGCCCAACAGAGUGGUCCUUGUACUAAAGAAAGUGCCUCAGAAGGGGGAACAGGAAUUGCUCAGUUCACACCAGAAAGGAAGGAAAGCACACUGUCAAUCUUACCUCUUAGAAGUGUGGAAGACCAGGGGGAAAAUAACAAUUUUGUGCCACCAGAAUUCUGCACAAAUGGAAUAAGAAAUGGUAACUCCAGGAGCCCUUUAAGCACAGCCUGCUCAUUAUCAGAAAUUAACAGUAGGGUGGAAAUAAUUGAGCAACAGCAGCAAAAGGAACACACCUUGUCUCUAGGACUCCAAGAAAAGGAGGUUCAGUUUCCUGAGUUAUCUCAGGUAUUUGUUGAGGAUGUAAAGGAUAUCUUAAAAAGUAUACUGGAAGAAGGCCCUAUGAAUCCUCAAGAGGUUGAAGAAUCUUCAGUCUGUGCAGACACCAAAACUUUACUUCAAAACUUAAUUAAAAGAGUUAGCACAUCACAGUUGGCAAAUGAAGCAUCUGGUGUGCCCAGUGACUUUGAAGUUGGUGACUGUUCUGGGGUUUCCCCUGUGAAUAACUCACCAGAACUGAAAGCAGAGAGCAGCAAUGAUCCCUUCUGUAUUGCAAAUCUGAAGUCUGAGCUUCUCCUUGAUAUACUUGGGCAAAAUCAGUAUAAGCAGAAAAUUACUGGAGCAUUUGAAUUGAUAAAAGAAUUAACCCAGAUGGAGUAUGAGCUAGAGAAAAGAGGUAUAACCUCUAAAGUAGCUCCAUUGCAACUUGAAAAUAUUUUCUACAAGCUGCUGGCUGACACGUACUCAGAGAAGGUGGAACAGGUCUGUGACUUGAAUAAAAAAUCACCCGCUACUCCUGAGAUGGUGGAUGAAAAGUCACACAUUCUUGAUGAUCUUAAAAGCAAAGAAGAAAACCAUUGUUCCCUUAGUUCAAAAAAUAUAAAAGAUAUUAGACUAGAAAGUUCUACUGUGUGUACAUCAGCAUUGCCAAGCGAUGAGAAGCUGGGGGACCUAUGCAGUGAUACCCCAGACCAUUUGGAAAGUAUUUCAGGGUCAAAAGGAAUGAUGUCUGGAGAUAGCUCAGUGGAACAAUUUUCCACUGAAUUACAGCAGUGUUCACAGCACACAUCAAAAAUGCAUGAGUAUUUGGCUUUACUUCAAGAUAUGAAGCCCCCUUUAGACAGCCAGGAGUCUCUGGAUAAUAAUCUGGAAGCUUUGAGGAACCAACUUAAACAGUUAGAGACAUUUGAAUUGGGAUUGGCUCCAAUUGCUGUUCUUUUAAGAAAAGACAUGAAGUUGGCAGAGGAGUUUUUAGAGUCUCUUCCCAGUGACUUCCCCAGUGGACAGCUGGAGGAAUUGAGGACUAGCCACCAAAAUUUGCAGUCUGCUUUCUCUUCCCUCAGCAGUGUGUCUUCAGAAAGAAUGAAACACGUCAUGCUUGCAAUUGACUCCGAAAUGUCUAAACUAGCAGUUUCCCAUGAAGAAUUUCUACAGAAACUGGAGUCUUUCUCAUCUUGGAUAUCCGAGAAGAGCAAGUCUGUGAAGGAUGUUGAGAUUGUGAAUGUACAAGACGCUGAACAUGUGAAGAGAAGUUUGGAAUUUCUCAAGAACGUGUUAAAAGACCUUGGACACACCAAAGUGCAGCUGGAGGCCACUGCCCUUGAUGUGCAGUUCUUCAUUUCUGAGUGUGCACAAGACCUGUCUCCCAGCCAAAGCAAACAACUCCUGAGGCUCCUAAAUACCACUCAGAAGUGUUUUCUUGAUGUGCAGGAAUCAGUAACUGCCCGGGUAGAGCACCUAAAGUCUCAGUUACAGCUAGAGCAAGAUCUUGAUGAUCAGAAGAUGGUGGCAGAACGUCAGCAGGAGUACAAAGAGAAACUCCAAGGAAUAUGCGAUCUCCUCACCCAGACUGAAAACCGCCUCAUUGGUCACCAGGAAGCCUUCGUGAUUGGAGAUGGCACAACUGAGUUAAAGAAGUAUCAGUCCAAGCAGGAGGAAUUACAGAAAGAUAUGCGAGGAAGUGCACAGGCUUUGGCAGAAAUAGUGAAAAAUACGGAGAAAUUCUUAAAAGAGAAUGGCGAAAAGCUAUCACGAGAAGAUAAAGCUUUGAUUGAGCAAAAACUCAAUGAAGCCAAGUUUAAGUGUGAACAGCUUAAUCUAAAGGCAGAACAAUCCAAAAAGGAGCUGGAUAAAGUUGUGACAACAGCAAUCAAAGAAGAAACUGAAAAGGUGGCAGCUGCAAAGCAACUGGAAGAGAGCAAAACCAAAAUAGAAAACCUGCUGGACUGGCUGUCCAAUGUGGACAAAGGCUCUGACAGAGCAGAGGUCAAACAGAGACAGGUCAUUGAACAGAACGGAACUCAUUUUCAAGAAGGCGAUGGCACGUCGGUGAUGGGAGAGGAAGAUGAGGUUAAUGGUAACCUGAUGGAAACUGAUGUUGAUGGACAAGUUGGAACCACUGAGGAGAAUCUGAACCAGCAGUACCAGAAAGUUAAGGCCCGACACGAGAAGAUCGCGUCUCAGCACCAGGCUGUCCUCGUGGCCACGCAGGCUGCGCAAGCCUUGCUCGAUACACAGGGCCACCAUCUGUCUCCCGAGGAGAAAGAGAAACUGCAGAAGAACAUGAAGGAACUGAAAGCACACUAUGAGGCCGUGCUGGCCGAGUCGGAGAAGAAGAUGAAGUUGACUCACUCUCUGCAGGAGGAACUGGAGAAGUUUGACGCCGACUACAGUGAGUUCGAGCACUGGCUGCAGCAGUCAGAGCAGGAGCUGGAAAACCUGGAGGCAGGCGCAGAUGACCUUGGUGGCUUGCUGACCAAGCUAAAGCGGCAGAAGAGUUUCUCAGAGGAUGUCAUUUCUCACAAAGGGGACUUGAGGUACAUCACAAUUUCUGGAAACAGAGUGUUAGAAGCGGCCAAAUCUUGCAGCAGGAGAAGUGGCAGCAGCAAGGCUGCCCAGGAAAGCAUCGAUACUUCGGCGACCCACAGAGAGGUCCAGGGCAAACUGGAUCAUGCCACCGAUCGGUUCAGGUCUCUCUACUCGAAGUGCAAUGUCCUUGGGAAUAACCUUAAAGACCUGGUGGAUAAAUAUCAACACUACGAAGAAGCUUCAUGUGGACUUCUUUCUGGGCUCCAGGCCUGUGAGGUCACAGCAAGCAAACACUUAUCUGAACCCAUCGCUGUGGACCCUAAAAAUCUGCAAAGGCAGUUAGAGGAGACCAAGGCUCUGCAAGGACAGAUAUCAAGUCAGCAGGUUGCUGUAGAGAAACUGAAAAAAACAGCUGAAGUGCUUUUAGAUGCUAGAGGAUCUCUGCUUCCAGCCAAGAAUGACAUCCAGAAAACACUGGAUGACAUUGUUGGGAGAUAUGAUGACCUAUCCAAGUCUGUUAACGAACGAAAUGAAAAACUGCAGAUAACCUUGACCCGCUCACUGAGUGUGCAGGAUGGCCUGGAUGAAAUGCUGGACUGGAUGGGAAAUGUGGAAAGUUCUCUGAAAGAGCAAGGUCAAGUGCCCUUGAACUCUGCUGCUCUCCAGGAUGUCAUCAGUAAAAACAUUAUGUUGGAACAGGAUAUCGCAGGUCGACAGAGCAGCAUAAAUGCCAUGAAUGAAAAACUGAAGAAAUUCAUGGAAACCACAGAUCCAUCCACUGCCUCCUCACUGCAAGCCAAGAUGAAGGACUUGUCAGUCCGAUUUUCAGAAGCAAGUCGUAAACAGAAAGAAAAACUUGCCAAAAUGGAAGAGCUAAAAACCAAAGUAGAACUCUUCGAGAACCUCUCAGAAAAGCUCCAGACAUUUUUAGAAACAAAAACUCAGGCUCUCACUGAGGUUGAUGUGCCAGGGAAAGAUGUUACUGAAUUGUCUCAGUAUAUGCAGGAAUCAACUGCUGAAUUCUUAGAACACAAGAAAGAUCUUGAAGUUUUACACAGUGUUUUGAAGGAGAUAUCUAGCCAUGGCUUGCCAGGUGAUAAGGCUCUGGUUUUUGAAAAAACAAAUAAUUUGUCAAAGAAGUUCAAGGAAAUGGAGGAUACCAUCAAAGAAAAAAAAGAAGCUGUAUCUUCUUGUCAAGAACAGAUGGAUGCUUUCCAAGUUCUUGUUAAGUCACUGAAGUCAUGGAUAAAAGAAACAACGGAAAGAGUUCCCAUUGUGCAGCCUUCUUUUGGUUCAGAGGAUUUAGGAAAAUCUUUAGAAGAAACUAAGAAAUUACAAGAAAAGUGGAGUUUAAAAACACCAGAGAUUCAGAAAGUAAACAACAGUGGGAUCUCACUAUGUAACCUAAUCAGCGCUGUGACUACCCCCGCGAAGGCAAUAGCAGCCGUGAAAUCAGGUGGAGUAAUAUUAAAUGGUGAAGGAACAGCCACAGAUACUCAAGAUAUUUUGUCAAAUAAAGGAUUGACAUCCAUUAAAAAGGAUAUGACUGACAUAAGCCAUGGUUAUGAAGAUCUUGGCCUUUUACUUAAGGACAAAAUAGCUGAACUGAAUACCAAACUCUCCAAAUUGCAAAAGGCUCAGGAAGAAUCCAGCGCCAUGAUGCAGUGGCUCCAGAAGAUGAACAAGACUGCGGCCAAGUGGCACCAGGCACCGACACCGACAGACACCGAGGCCGUGAAGACGCAGGUGGAGCAGAAUAAGACAUUUGAGGCCGAAUUGAAGCAAAAUGUAAACAAGGUACAGGAAUUGAAAGACAAAUUGACAGAGCUCUUGGAGGAGAACCCAGACACUCCUGAGGCCCCCAAGUGGAAACAGAUGCUGACGGAAAUUGAUUCUAAGUGGCAAGAACUCAAUCAGUUAACAGUUGAUAGACAACAAAAACUGGAAGAAUCCUCUAAUAAUCUAACCCAGUUCCAGACUGUAGAAGCUCAGUUAAAACAGUGGCUUGUGGAAAAAGAACUGAUGGUUAGUGUUCUUGGGCCCUUGUCAAUUGACCCAAAUAUGCUGAACACACAGAGGCAGCAGGUGCAGAUUCUGCUGCAAGAAUUUGACACUCGGAAGCCUCAGUACGAACAGCUAACAGAUGCUGGCCGGGGCAUCUUGAGCAGACCUGGUGAACACCCUUCUUUCCACGGGAUUGUGAAAGAGCAACUGGCAGCUGUGACCCAAAAGUGGGACAGCCUCACGGGACAAUUGAGUGACAGAUGCAGCUGGAUUGACCAAGCCAUUGUUAAAAGCACGCAGUAUCAAAGCCUGCUGAGAAGCCUUUCUGAUAAACUGAGUGACUUGGAUAAUAAAGUCAGCAGCAGUGUGGCUGUGAGCACACACCCUGAGGCUAUGAAACAGCAGUUGGAAGCAGCCCAAAAAGUGAAGCAGGAACUAGAGCAGGAAAUGAAGCAGAUAAAAGUGGCCCAGACCCUCUGUGAGGAUUUGUCAGCACUGGUGAAGGAAGAGUACUUGAAAGCAGAGCUUAGUAGGCAACUGGAAGGCAUCUUAAAAUUAUUUAAGGAUGUUGAACAAAAAGCAGAGAAUCAUGUUCAGCACCUUCAGGCAGCCUGUGCAAGCUCUCACCAAUUUCAGCAAAUGUCCCAAGAUUUCCAGGUUUGGCUGGAUACGAAGAAAGAGGAGCAAAACCGUUCUCCCCCAAUAUCAGCCAGACUUGAUGUCUUGGAGUCAUUAAUUAAAGACCAGGAAGACUUUAGUAAAACUCUGUCUGCUCAGUCUAAUAUUUAUGAAAAAACCAUUGCAGAAGGUGAAAAUCUCUUAUUAAAAACACAAGGGUCUGAGAAGGCGGCCUUACAGUCACAACUUAACACAAUUAAAACCAAUUGGGAUGGAUUUAAUAAGCAGGUGAAAGAACGAGAAGACAAGGUAAAAGAUUCACUGGGAAGAGCCCGCAAGUAUAAAGAGCAUGUGGAGACUCUCCGGCCAUGGAUAGACGACUGUCAGAAUAACCUGGAGGAAAUAAAAUUUUGCUUGGAUCCUGCUGAAACUGAGAAUGCUAUGGCCAAGUUAAAGUCUUUGCAGAAGGAAAUGAACCAACACUUGGGGAUGGUAGAACUGCUCAACAACGCAGCCAGCAGCUUGCUCAGUGUCUGUGAGGUAGAUAAAGAGGUUGUUACAGAUGAGAAUAAAUCACUGAUCCAGAAGGUAGAGAUGGUCACUGAACAACUUCACAGUAAGAAACUCUGUCUGGAAAGCAUGGCCCAGAAGUUGAAAGAAUUUCAGGAAGUUUCCAAAGAAGCUAAAAGGCAGCUUGAGUGUGUAAAGGAACAGCUGGAUGCCCAUGACUCCCUAGGACCCCAGGCCUACAGUAACAAGUACCUGACCGUGUUGCAAACCCAGCAGAAGGCACUUCAGACCGUAAAGCAUCAGGUAGAUUUGGUCAAAGGACUUGCCCAGGACCUCGUGGUAGAAGCCUCAGACUCAAAGGGAACCUCUGAUAUUUUAUUACAAGCAGAAACCUUAGCUCAAGACCAUAGUGCGCUCAAUCAGCAGGUUGAUGAAAGGUGUUCGUUCUUGGAAACAAAACUUCAGGGCAUUGGGCAUUUCCAGAAUACCAUCCGAGAGAUGUUUUCUCAGUUUGCAGAGUUCGAUGAUGAAUUGGAUAGCAUGGCCCCAGUGGGGAGAGAUAUAGACACCUUGCAAAAGCAGAAGGAGGCUAUUCAAGCCUUUCUGAAGAAACUAGAAGCCCUCAUAGCCAGCAACGACAAUGCUAAUAAAACCUGCAAGAUGAUGCUGGCCAUGGAAGAGACCUCACCUGACCUUGUUGGAAUCAAAAGGGACUUGGAGGCUUUAAGCAAACAAUGCAACAAGUUACUGGAUCGGGCCCAAGCCAGGGAAGAGCAGGUUGAAGGGACAAUUGGACGUCUUGAAGAAUUCUACAGCAAACUGAAGGAAUUUUCUUCUCUGCUUCAGAAGGCUGAAGAACAUGAAGAGUCUCAAGGCCCUGUUGGUAUGGAAACAGAGACAAUUAACCAACAGCUUGACGUGUUCAAGGUAUUCCAAAAAGAAGAGAUUGAACCUUUGCAGGUUAAACAGCAAGACGUAAACUGGUUAGGGCAAGGCCUUAUUCAGAGUGCGGCUAAAAGCACCAGCACACAGGGUUUGGAGCAUGACCUGGACGAUGUCAAUGCCCGCUGGAAGACUCUCAAUAAGAAGGUGGCUCAGCGAGCAGCCCAGCUGCAAGAGGCCCUGCUGCACUGUGGGCGGUUCCAGGACGCCCUGGAGUCCCUGCUCAGCUGGAUGCUGGACACCGAGGAGCUGGUGGCCAAUCAGAAGCCCCCGUCAGCCGAGUUCAAGGUGGUGAAGGCCCAGAUACAAGAGCAGAAGCUUCUCCAAAGAUUGUUGGAUGACCGCAAAUCUACAGUGGAGGUAAUCAAACGAGAAGGAGAAAAAAUUGCUGCAACAGCAGAGCCUGCAGAUAAAGUGAAGAUUUUGAAACAGCUGAGUCUCUUGGAUAGUAGAUGGGAGGCAUUGCUUAAUAAAGCUGAAACGAGGAAUCGUCAGUUGGAAGGUAUCUCGGUGGUAGCACAGCAAUUUCAUGAAACCCUAGAACCAUUGAAUGAGUGGCUUACAACCAUAGAAAAGAGGCUGGCGAAUUGUGAGCCCAUAGGAACCCAAGCGUCAAAACUUGAGGAACAAAUUGCACAGCACAAAGCCUUAGAAGAUGACAUCAUCCAUCACAAUAAACAUUUACACCAGGCUGUUAGCAUUGGCCAGUCCUUAAAGGUUUUGAGCUCCAGGGAGGAUAAAGAUAUGGUGCAAAAUAAAUUAGACUCCUCUCAAGUGUUGUACAUUGAGAUUCAAGAGAAAAGUCACAGCAGGUCUGAGCUCCUCCAGCAGGCCUUAUGUAAUGCUAAGAUUUUUGGGGAAGAUGAAGUUGAGCUGAUGACUUGGCUGAACGAAGUGCAUGAUAAACUCAGCAAGCUCUCAGUCCAGGACUACAGCACUGAGGGGCUGUGGAAGCAGCAGUCUGAACUUCGGGUUCUGCAAGAGGACAUCCUACUCAGAAAACAAAAUGUAGAUCAGGCAUUACUAAAUGGCUUAGAACUACUAAAACAAACAACAGGUGAUGAAGUUUUAAUAAUUCAAGAUAAAUUGGAAGCCAUUAAAGUGAGGUACAAAGACAUUACGAAAUUGAGCACGGAUGUAGCCAAGACUCUGGAACAGGCCCUGCAGCUCGCAAGGCGGCUGCACUCCACGCGUGAGGAGCUCUGCGCCUGGCUGGACAGGGUGGAGGUGGAAUUACUUUCCUAUGAGACGCAGGUCCUGACGGGAGACGCAGCAAGCCAAGCACAAGCAAGGCAGAAAGAACUGAAAAAGGAAGCAAAGAACAGCAAAGCCUUGUUGGACUCCCUUAACGAAGUGAGCAGUGCUUUACUGGAGCUGGUACCGUGGAGGGCAAGGGAAGGACUUGAAAAAAUGGUGGCCGAGGACAAUGAGCGCUACCGAUUAGUGAGCGACACCAUCACUCAAAAGGUGGAGGAGAUCGAUGCCGCCAUUCUGAGAUCCCAGCAGUUUGACCAGGCAGCUGAUGCCGAGUUAUCCUGGAUUGCUGAGACUGAAAAGAAAUUGAUGUCUCUGGGUGACAUCAGGCUUGAGCAAGAGCAGACCUCUGCUCAGCUGCAGCUUCAAAAGACAUUCACCAUGGAGAUUUUGCGACACAAGGAUAUUAUUGAUGAACUUGUUAAAUCUGGACAUAAAAUCAUGGCCACCUGCAGUGAAGAGGAAAAGCAAUCAAUGAAGAAAAAACUGGACAAAGUGUUGAAGAACUAUGAUGCCAUCUGCCAGGUGAACUCAGAGAGGUAUCUACAGCUAGAAAGGGCACAGUCCCUGGUUAACCAGUUUUGGGAAACCUAUGAAGAGCUUUGGCCAUGGCUGACAGAAACACAAAGAAUCAUCUCUCAACUUCCUGCCCCAGCCCUUGAAUAUGAGACUCUAAGACAACAGCAGGAAGAGCAUCGGCAACUGCGAGAGUUGAUAGCCGAACACAAGCCUCAUAUAGAUAAGAUGAACAAAACUGGGCCACAGUUACUGGAAUUGAGCCCAGGCGAAGGCUUUUCUAUCCAAGAGAAGUACGUGGCAGCCGACACCCUUUACAGUCAAAUUAAAGAGGAUGUCAAAAAGCGGGCCGUGGCGUUGGAUGAAGCUAUUUCUCAGUCUACUCAGUUCCAUGACAAGAUAGACCAGAUCCUUGAGAGCCUGGAACGCAUCGUGGAGCGUUUGAGGCAGCCACCUUCAAUCUCAGCUGAGGUGGAGAAGAUUAAGGAGCAGAUCAGUGAGAAUAAGAAUGUGUCAGUGGACAUGGAGAAGCUACAGCCAUUGUAUGAAACUCUUAAAAAGCGGGGAGAAGAAAUGAUCGCAAGAUCUGAGGGCACUGAUAAAGACAUAUCUGCCAGAGCUGUUCAGGAUAAGCUUGACCAAAUGGUUUUCAUUUGGGAGAACAUACACACACUGGUGGAAGAAAGGGAGGCCAAACUACUGGAUGUAAUGGAAUUAGCAGAAAAAUUCUGGUGUGAUCACAUGUCAUUGGUAGUAACCACUAAAGAUACACAAGAUUUCAUCCGGGAUCUAGAGGAUCCUGGAAUUGAUCCCUCAGUAGUUAAACAGCAACAAGAGGCAGCAGAGGCCAUAAAGGAAGAAAUAGAUGGACUACAGGAAGAGCUGGAUAUAGUUAUUAACUUGGGUUCUGAACUCAUUGCUGCAUGUGGGGAACCCGAUAAACCCAUUGUCAAGAAGAGUAUAGAUGAGUUAAAUUCAGCCUGGGAUUCUCUAAAUAAGGCUUGGAAAGACCGGGUGGACAAGCUCGAGGAGGCGAUGCAGGCUGCCGUCCAGUACCAGGACGGACUGCAGGCCGUGUUUGACUGGGUAGAUAUUGCGGGUGGUAAAUUAGCUUCAAUGUCACCAAUUGGAACAGAUCUUGAAACUGUCAAGCAGCAGAUUGAGGAGCUAAAGCAAUUUAAGUCCGAGGCCUACCAACAGCAGAUAGAAAUGGAGAGACUGAACCAUCAAGCAGAGCUUUUGCUGAAGAAAGUAACAGAAGAGAGUGACAAACACACUGUUCAAGACCCAUUAAUGGAGCUGAAGUUGAUAUGGGAUAGUCUGGAUGAAAGAAUUAUCAACAGACAGCAUAAGCUGGAGGGGGCUCUGUUAGCCCUGGGCCAGUUCCAGCACGCCCUGGAUGAGCUGUUGACGUGGCUGACGCACACUGAGGGCCUGCUCAGUGAGCAGAAACCUGUGGGAGGAGAUCCUAAGGCCAUUGAAAUUGAACUUGCCAAGCAUCACGUGCUUCAAAAUGAUGUAUUAGCCCAUCAGUCUACAGUGGAAGCCGUUAAUAAAGCAGGAAAUGACCUAAUUGAAUCAAGUGCAGGAGAAGAAGCAAGCAGCCUUCAGAACAAGCUAGAGGUUUUAAAUCAACGCUGGAAAAAUGUUUUGGAAAAAACAGAACAAAGGAAGCAGCAGCUGGAUGGUGCCUUGCGCCAGGCCAAAGGGUUCCAUGGUGAGAUUGAGGAUUUGCAGCAAUGGCUAACGGACACGGAGCGUCAUCUGUUAGCAUCCAAGCCACUGGGAGGUUUACCGGAAACAGCCAGGGAGCAGCUUAAUGCCCACAUGGAAAUCUGUGCUGCCUUUGAUGUUAAAGAAGAAACAUACAAAAGUCUGAUGCAGAAAGGCCAGCAGAUGCUUGCAAGAUGCCCCAAAUCUGCAGAGACAAUUGACCAAGACUUAAAUAACUUGAAAGAAAAAUGGGAAUCGGUGGAAACCAAGCUCAAUGAAAGGAAAACUAAACUGGAAGAGGCCCUCAACUUGGCAAUGGAGUUCCACAAUUCUCUCCAAGACUUCAUCAACUGGCUAACCCAGGCAGAGCAGACCCUAAAUGUAGCUUCUCGGCCAAGUCUUAUCUUGGACACAGUCUUGUUUCAAAUCGAUGAACACAAGGUCUUUGCCAAUGAAGUAAAUUCUCACCGUGAGCAGAUAAUAGAGCUGGACAAAACUGGAACCCACCUGAAAUAUUUCAGUCAGAAACAAGAUGUUGUCCUAAUCAAGAAUCUAUUGAUCAGUGUCCAGAGUCGAUGGGAAAAAGUGGUUCAACGAUUAGUAGAAAGAGGAAGAUCUCUGGAUGAGGCAAGGAAGAGAGCCAAGCAGUUUCAUGAAGCAUGGAGUAAACUUAUGGAAUGGCUAGAGGAAUCAGAAAAGUCUUUGGAUUCUGAGCUGGAAAUUGCCAAUGAUCCAGACAAGAUAAAAACACAACUUGCACAGCAUAAGGAGUUUCAGAAAUCACUUGGAGCCAAGCAUUCUGUCUAUGACACCACCAACAGAACUGGACGGUCCCUGAAGGAGAAAACCACCCUGGCUGAUGACAACCUGAAACUGGAUGACAUGCUGAGUGAACUCAGAGACAAAUGGGAUACCAUCUGUGGAAAAUCUGUGGAAAGACAAAAUAAACUGGAGGAAGCCCUGUUAUUUUCUGGACAAUUCACAGAUGCCUUGCAGGCCCUCAUUGAUUGGCUGUAUAGAGUUGAACCCCAGCUGGCAGAAGACCAGCCUGUCCACGGAGACAUUGAUUUAGUGAUGAAUUUGAUCGAUAAUCACAAGGUUUUCCAGAAAGAACUGGGGAAGAGGACCAGCAGCGUGCAGGCCCUGAAGCGCUCGGCGCGAGAGCUCAUCGAGGGUAGCCGAGACGACUCCUCCUGGGUCAAGGUCCAGAUGCAGGAACUGAGCACACGCUGGGAGACCGUGUGUGCACUGUCCAUAUCCAAGCAGACCCGCUUGGAGGCAGCCCUGCGGCAGGCAGAGGAAUUUCACUCAGUGGUGCAUGCCCUCCUGGAGUGGCUGGCAGAGGCCGAGCAAACCCUUCGUUUCCAUGGUGCUCUCCCAGAUGAUGAGGAUGCCCUUCGGACACUCAUUGAUCAGCAUAAAGAGUUCAUGAAGAAACUGGAAGAAAAACGGGCCGCGCUGAAUAAAGCUACCAGUAUGGGGGACGCCGUCCUGGCCAUCUGCCACCCUGACUCCAUCACCACCAUCAAACACUGGAUGACCAUCAUCCGGGCCAGAUUUGAGGAGGUGUUGGCCUGGGCGAAGCAGCAUCAACAGAGAUUAGCAAGUGCUCUGGCUGGGCUCAUUGCAAAACAGGAAUUGCUGGAAGCUUUGCUGGCUUGGUUGCAGUGGGCCGAAACUACACUUAGCGACAAGGACAAAGAAGUCAUCCCCCAGGAAAUCGAAGAGGUGAAAGCCCUCAUUGCAGAACACCAGACCUUCAUGGAGGAAAUGACCAGAAAACAACCUGAUGUGGACAAAGUUACCAAGACCUACAAGAGGAGAGCAGCUGAUCCUUCCUCAUUACAGUCCCAUAUUCCGGUCCUGGAUAAGGGGCGAGCAGGAAGAAAACGCUUCCCGGCGUCAAGCUUAUAUCCCUCUGGAUCACAGACACAAAUCGAAACCAAGAAUCCGAGGGUCAAUUUGUUGGUGAGCAAAUGGCAGCAAGUUUGGCUCCUUGCGUUGGAAAGGAGGAGGAAGCUUAAUGACGCCUUGGACAGACUGGAGGAGCUGAGGGAAUUUGCUAACUUUGAUUUCGAUAUCUGGCGUAAAAAAUACAUGAGAUGGAUGAAUCAUAAGAAAUCUCGAGUGAUGGACUUCUUCAGGAGAAUUGAUAAAGAUCAGGAUGGGAAAAUAACCCGACAAGAAUUUAUUGAUGGAAUUCUUUCCUCAAAGUUUCCAACCAGCCGCCUGGAGAUGAGCGCAGUGGCAGACAUCUUUGACCGAGAUGGUGAUGGAUAUAUUGACUACUAUGAAUUUGUAGCAGCCCUUCACCCAAAUAAAGAUGCAUAUAAACCCGUCACCGAUGCGGACAAAAUCGAAGACGAGGUCACAAGGCAGGUAGCGAAGUGUAAAUGUGCAAAACGAUUUCAAGUUGAACAGAUUGGAGACAACAAAUAUAGGUUCUUCCUGGGAAAUCAGUUUGGAGACUCCCAGCAGCUGCGACUUGUUCGGAUCCUACGAAGUACUGUGAUGGUUCGUGUCGGAGGUGGAUGGAUGGCACUUGAUGAGUUCUUAGUGAAAAAUGAUCCUUGCAGGGUUCAUCAUCAUGGGAGUAAAAUGUUACGUUCGGAAUCAAACUCUUCAAUUACUACUACUCAGCCUACUAUAGCUAAAGGAAGGACAAACAUGGAGCUCCGGGAGAAGUUCAUUUUAGCAGAUGGUGCCAGUCAGGGUAUGGCUGCCUUCCGGCCCCGGGGCCGAAGAUCACGGCCUUCAUCACGAGGAGCGUCACCCAACCGAUCAACUUCUGUAUCCAGUCAGGCUGGCCAGGCAGCCUCACCACAGGUCCCCGCCGCCAGCACACCCAAGAUUCUCCAUCCUUUAACACGCAAUUAUGGUAAACCAUGGUUGACAAACAGCAAAAUGUCAACUCCUUGUAAACCAGCAGAGUGCUCAGACUUUUCCGUGCCAUCUGCAGAGGGCACACCAAUCCAAGGAAGCAAGCUUCGGCUCCCCGGCUAUUUAUCAGGGAAAGGUUUCCACUCUGGGGACGACAGUGGCUUGAUAACCACAGCAGCAGCCAGAGUCCGAACACAGUUUGCUGACCCCAAGAAGACUCCCAGCCGACCCGGAAGCCGAGCGGGAAGCAAAGCUGGCAGCAGGGCCAGCAGCCGCCGAGGCAGCGACGCAUCCGACUUUGACAUUUCAGAAAUCCAGUCCGUGUGCUCCGACGUGGAGACUGUGCCCCAGACACACAGGCCUACCCCCCGAGCAGGUUCUCGGCCAGCCACAGCCAAGCCUUCCAAAAUCCCCACGCCCCAGAGGAAAUCACCUGCCAGCAAAUUGGACAAGUCCUCCAAGAGAUAGUGCACUUGGUUCCACCACGGCCCUUCCUUGAGCAUUUAUUAUUUAAGCUUGAAAGAUGUAAAAUAUGAUGUAGAAAUUAUUGUGAAAUAAUUGCGAGAAGUGAGUUUAAAAUUCUGCAGAUGGCCUUAUUUGUGUAUUUGUCUUUUUAUUUUAUCUGUAAAAUGUUUUGUCAGCUAUUCUGGGGUCAAAGUCACCUGGUAUGUGAGGGGGAGGAAGGCGGUCCCGCGGCACCGAAACGUCCGCACGGUCGUGCGGAGCCCACACUAGAGCCCGUGAGCGUCCCCGCAGGUAAGUCCACCGGUGCACUGCGGCCGCGGCCCACGGAUACCUCAUGACAUCUUCCUGCUUCUGUAGAAACUCUGAAAAGCCAAAAGACACACACCCGGCAUACAUUUUGAGAUGACUUCACUGUAAAAGAAAAGGUGGAGGGCAGACAGCACGUCCACACACACACACACACACACAGUCGUUUAAACAGUAUCUGACCGACGCGCCCAGGAAGUUCUUUUCGGUCCCACGGCUCCGGCCAGCGCUGGGGACGUUCGAGAGCCCGGCCCGGAUCCCGAGCCUCGGCUUCCCGAUAGGCCAGAGGCAUCCUGGAUACUAGACCUAUUUUACUGUAAGAAUAUAAUUAUAAAGUGCAUUCAUAGAAAUGUGAGGUUUUCUUUUGCUUGAGUGGACAGUAGCACCUGUAUCAUUGAACUCAUUUUGUAUCAGAGCAAUUUUGCUUGCAGAAAGCUAUGAAAUAAAACAUGUCCCUUAACUACAUUGCUAUGGAAUUAAUUUUUUUCCCCAGGGAAAAUCCGUGUAUUUUUUUAUGAGCAAUAUCAAUUUGGAGUGACCAAAAGAUACUUACAAAUAGGUUUAUUUUGAUUUCUCAUCUGAAAUAAUCAUGUUCUGGUAUUAUAUCUAUAUUUAAUAAAUAUAUACAUUUUAAUUUAUUAUGUAUACUCACAUACUAUAGAAAGAUAUUAGUAUGCAUUUAAUAAAACAUAUUCACUUGAA